UUGGUAUACAUUCAGAGUAUUAUGAGCUAGUAGGUUCAGCUUUGUGCAGAUCUUAAAUAUGAGAAGAAGCAGCUCUGGUGGAGGUCCUCGGGGGGGCUUCUCCCGAGACCCAACCAUGAGUGACCAUGACGUGGAUGACAUAGCCUUCCUCACUGGCUCGGGACAAGACAGUGGCUUUCUGAUGAGCAAACGAGCCCUGUAUGAGCCAGGGUCUGUCCUAGUGUGCUCCCAGAAGCGCGCUUGUCUUGUGGUUGCUCUCUGUUUCCUUUCCAUCCUGCUAUCUGCAGCUAUUGUUGCCUUCACAAAACCUGGUUGCCCUGUUGCCACUUACAUUGGCGAGCCUCUAGAUGAUGAGAAUGCCUUUGUGACUAAGAAGAAGUCCCCAAUCCUGUCAACUUCCGGUGAAGUUUUUCCAUGGUCCAAUAUACGCCUGCCAGUCCACAUCCGACCACUGCACUACUCGCUUCACCUUCACCCUAACCUCACUACUCGACACAUGGAUGGACAAGUUACUAUCAAAUUCACGACCCGUGAGGAGACCAACUUCAUAAUCGUGCACAGCCGCAACAUCAACAUCACUAACUAUUCUCUGCACGACAAGUACCUACAGCGCAAUACUAUCACUAAAUUCCUCGAAUAUCCAAAAAACGAGCAGCUUUACCUUGGUGUUCGGAACACGCUGCGCAGGGGCAGCAACUACACGCUCUUCUUAGAGUACAACAUCGCGCUCAAUGAAGGGCUGGACGGCGUGUACCUCUCAUCAUACACCAUCGAUGCUCAGAAAAGGUAUCUGGCGGCGACGCACUUCGAGCCCACGUCAGCGCGCGCUGCAUUCCCUUGUUUCGACGAGCCUCACCUCAAGGCGCGCUUUGAGCUGAGCAUCGUGCGGGAGCGCAGCUACUUCGCCCUCUUCAACAUGCCCCUGAGGGCCUCCUCUCCUGUACAGGGCUCCUCUCUCAUGCGUGACGAAUUCGACGUGAGCGUGGAGAUGAGCACUUACCUGGUCUGCUUUGUGGUCUGCGAUUUUGCUAAAGUGAGCAACAAAACGAACAACAACGUGACUGUGAGCGUCUAUGCUCCUGCCAACAUCAUCCAUCAGGCAGACUACGCGCUGCACGCAUCCAUUACCUUGCUGGAGUACUACCAUGAGUUCUUCACCGUACCGUACCCCCUGCCUAAACUGGACCUCAUCGCCAUCCCGGACUUCGGCGCUGGGGCCAUGGAGAACUGGGGGCUGGUGACGUACAAGGAGACGGCGCUCAUGUUCGUCGAGGGCGUGUCUUCUGCCCGCGCACAGCAGCGCAUUGCAGUCGUCCUCGCACACGAGCUCGCGCACCAGUGGUUUGGCAACCUGGUCACCAUGGAGUGGUGGCAGGACUUGUGGCUGAAUGAAGGUUUUGCAAGCUUCAUGGAAGUUCUGGGCACGAGUGAGGUAGAGCCUCAUUGGUCUAUGCUCGACCAGUUCGUCGUCGAGACCGUCCAACCUGCCCUAGCCCUUGACGGUCUCCUCUCGUCCCACCCUGUGUCCACUCCUGUCGAGGAUCCCGCAAACAUCGAGGCUAUCUUUGAUGCUAUUUCUUAUAAGAAGGGGGCGUCGCUGAUCUACAUGCUGGAGAUGUUCCUGGGGCGGUCGACGAGCGUGUCGGGGCUGCGCGCCUACCUCGACGAGCACAGAUUCUCCAGCGCCAACACAGCCGACUUCUGGCGCUCCAUGGCGGCCGUGUCCCAGAAGCCGGGGCUUCCUGACGUCCAGGUGGUGAUGGACACGUGGACGCGCCAGGUAGGCUACCCCGUGGUCACCGUGGUCGUGGAGGACGGGCGCGUGUUCGCGUCGCAGAAACGUUUCUUGGUGACCGAAAACCUCCUGCAAGACAGCGACACAAACUCCACCGACGACGCCUUUGAUGACAGCGUCAGUGACCAUUACCUCACUGGAGUGAAACAGAAGGAGGAUGAGGCGGCACAUCAGACGGAUCUCACUGCAGAUCCCAUCUCACCCAUCAACUCGACCAUCGGCUUCAAGUGGCAUGUACCUCUCACCUACGUCACAAGCGAGGACCCCGACAACUCUACCCUCGUCUGGAUGAAUCUCACUAAUGUUGAGUUUGAAGUCUCGAAUGACCUGGCGUGGGUGAAGUUCAACGUGGGGCAGCGAGGCUUCUACCGCGUUAACUACGACCCCGCGACGUGGCGCGCUCUCAUCCUGCAGCUCAAGAACGACCAUCGCCGCCUGUCCUCCGCAGACCGCGCGUCCCUUAUUGAUGACGUCUUCUCCCUGGCCAGCGCGAGCGAGGUGAACGUGAGCAUGGCGUUCGAGCUGAGCGAGUACCUGGUGGGGGAGGAGCAGUACGGGCCGUGGCACACUGCGCUCACGCACCUCUUCGACUGGGCGCGCAUGCUCUUCACUAACUCCUACCACAAGCACCUGCUGGCUCAUAUCUGCUCCAUCAUCAGCAACCAGUACGAGGCUAUUGGCUGGGAUGACAGCGGCACACACCUCAAGAAGUUGCUGCGGUCUGAGAUGCUGCAGGCGGCCCUGGACUGUGCCAUGCCUGAGGCCAUUGCUGAGGCCCGGCAGCGCUUCCAGCUGUGGCGCAUGCAAGACGUCGCAGUUCCUCCCAACCUGCGCUCCGUCAUCUACCAGGCCGGCGUCAGGCACGGUGGGGAUGAGGCGUGGUGGUGGUGUUGGGCGCGCUAUCGCAACAGCACCCUGGCCAGUGAGCGCCGCCUCCUGCUGGAGGCCCUCGCACAGACUUCCAGCGCCUGGCUCCUCGAGCAGUUCCUGCAGUACACCCUCGACGAGACGAUGAUCAGGAGUCAGGACGUGCACUUCGUCAUCGACGAAGUGAGCCGCAACCCCAACGGCCGCUUGGCAGCCUGGCGCAGCGUCCGCCAGAACUGGGCGGACAUCAUGCGCAGGCACGGCCACUCGUCCUACACCAUCAGCGCCAUCAUCAAGGCCGUGACCGUGCACCACACGACGCUCUUUGACCUGCACGAGGUGGAGGACUUCUUCGCCGACGUGGCCGUGGGUGGUGGCGAACGGGCGCUACAGGCGUCGCUGGAGAACAUCCGCCAGACCGUCUACUGGCUGCAGAUGAAUUCUGACGACAUCGCGGACUACCUCAACGAGCACUACCCCCACAUCUCUGCUUAACGAGCACUGCCCCCACAUCUCUGCUUAACGAGCACUACCCCCACAUCUCUGCUUAACGAGCACUACCCCCACAUCUCUGCUUAACGAGCACUACCCCCACAUCUCUGCUUAACGAGCACUACCCCCACAUUUCUGCUUAACGAGCACUACCCCCACAUCCUCUAGUCGUAGCGCCAGAGGCGUAACUCAUUCACAGUCUUGUGAACUCUCGCUUCCCUUCACUGCGCCACCUAAGUUCCGUCUAACGAAGAAUUUCAGCUUACCUUAGCAUUUUGUGCAGAGGUUAUUGUUAUUACUAUUGAGCUCAGAUUACCUCUUCUGCUCCAUUUGUGCUGAGAUUAUUGUUAUUAUUUAUUGAGCUCGGUAUGAACUUCUCUGGUUUCGUGACUUAUUCCACGUUGUUCAAUAAUAUCUCGGAAGACCACAGGAAUAUUUUAUCUUGCAUGAUAGCCCAAUUGUAAUCCUAGAAUUUAUUGAUGGCUACAUUUGUGGAACAUUUGUGAACGAAAAUGAAUUAUUUAUCUGUUCUAGUAUAAGAUUAAUGAUGAAAACUAUGUAGGAAGUUUCGAAGUUAUUGCUCGUGUACACCUAAUCUGUAAUUUAUUUUCUUGAAUACUCUAGGUUAAGUAUUAAUGUUUGCUGGUCUUUCAACUCCCUUUGUGCGCGCUUUGGGCAAUAUUUUAGCCUUAAUUGCUCACUAGACUGAGCGCCGAACUGCGUAAACUUGAACCACGGCUGAGCAUUACCCGCGUAUGCCGAACUAUUGGGCGAGAACUCCUCAGUUUAUGCUGUCCAUAGCCUGCUAGAUGAUGUAUUGAAUAUCACCAAUGGUGGUUUUGAUGAUCAUUUUGUUAUUGUGAUUGAUGGGAAUAAAUAUUCAUUUCGGAUCGGUUAAUGUGGUGCGGAUAAUAACCGAUCAGCAUUGACCUUAAUAAGGUCAAUGGUGCGGACGACACGGUCGCUUCUUACGGCCGUCGAGCAAGCCAGACGUAUUUCAAUUUCAAUUGACUACAACUUGCGCAUUCAUCUCCAAGAGUGAAGCUAGCUACGCAAUCAAUAAGGGUAUUUAACAAGCAAAGCCGUUCUCUUGUUCUCAUUGAACGUACAUGACGUACUAUCUGUCUCCUAACUUAAUCUCGGCAGCUCUACCGCCCCUUGAUGCAGCCACGUCAGACUGCUAUGUGACACUGGUGGGCGAUAUUUUAUUAGUGAAAAACUAAUACAUUAUUUAGAAUUUACCGAAACCUCUUCUCUUGACCAUUAUAUUAUAAUGUUUUAUAUUAUUACUUGAAUCGUAUCACAUGCUGUAGUUACUCGGCUAACGACUUUUAUAUUAUAAGGCAUAUGCAUGAGCCAAUUGCUUGGAGAUGAGCUUAGCUUCCUUCCUUAGAUGCCCUGAAUAUUUGUGAUAUGGCCACUGCUUUCUCAUGAGCACAUUCCUAUAAUGUUUGUCCGGAUUCAUAUUGAAUUUUUUGUGGUAAGAAAUAUCGUUUUUACAGUUUUUUAGUAUAAUAGCUAAGCUUUGCUAAUCGUGUUAACUGAUGCUUGGAAAUCGGGGAAUUUGAGAGCCAAUAUCUGAAUGAAGAUUUCAGUUCAGUGUAGCUCUCGUCUCAUUAUCUGGGGAAGUGGGACAGUUGACGUGGAUUGGCUUCCAUGUUUGUUUUCGAGAUUAAGUUA